AUGCAGUUGGCGAAGGACGAAGCAUCGGACUUGCCGGUCGCGGCGAAGGUGGUCGAAGAAAACAGCUAUAUUGACGAUUUUCUCACCGGAGGAAAUACUACUGAGGAAGUGAUCGAAAUCUACGAGCAGCUGACGGAGAUGCUGCGACGAGGUGGAUUUGGAGUCCACAAAUUCUGUUCCAACAGCGAAGCCGUUCGGAGUAGCAUUCCGACCGAGCUACAGGAAUCGCAAGUCAAGUUCGAGGAUGCCGAUAUUAACAACGCGAUCAAGACACUGGGUCUCAGCUGGAAUCAACACGAGGAUUAUUUCCGGUUCAACGUUGCGCCGCUUGACGAGAAGAUUCCGACCAAAAGAAGUGUUCUCUCUGCAGUUGGUCUCCUUUUCGAUCCGUGUGGUUACCUCGGCCCGGUCAUCACAACAGCGAAGAUGCUAAUGCAGGACUUGUGGCGGCUGAAAUUGAAAUGGGAUGAUGAAUUACCGGAAGAACCAAGGAAAAUGUGGAUCGACUUCCGCAGACAGCUACCACUUGUGAACACUUUGCAGAAAAAAAGAUGCGUUGUCAGGAGCGACGCAAAACAAAUCGAACUUCACGGGUUCGCAGACGCGUCACUACGCGCAUACGGGGCAGUCUUGUACACAAGGUGCAUCUCCCCUGAUGGAACGGUUGAAGUCAAUCUGGUGUGCAGCAAAUCGCGUGUUGCACCCCUCAAGCCAAUGACGAUUCCACGCCUGGAGUUGUGCGGUGCUUUGCUACUGGCUCGGCUGGUCGACAAAACGGUAGCAACCAUGGGAAUUCCGUUCAAGAGUGUGACACUUCAUCUCGACUCGCAAGUGGUGUUAUGCUGGCUGGAAAAAUCACCGCUUGCUUUGAACCAAUUCGUUUCGAACCGUGUAGCAGAGAUACUCGAGCUGACGCAAACCUAUCAAUGGCAGUACGUACGGUCCGAGCAAAACCCAGCAGACCUGAUUUCGCGAGGGGUGCUUCCAGCCGAAAUUUCGACAAUGGAUUUGUGGUGGGAUUCCUCCCCCUUUUUGUGGGAACUGGAUCCGAAGUACAACGAUGAACAAAUCAAGCUGAGUGACAACGAGGUACCUGAACUGAAGCCAACGGUGGUCGUUGCUACCACUGUACAAGCGAAGCCGUUGAUUGUUAUGACCAGAUUGAGCAACUUUCGACGACUACACAGAGCGUGGGCGUAUGUAUUGAGGUUCUGCAAGAACGUCCGCACUAAGAACCGUGACACUUCGGAGCUCAAGGCGCAAGAGAUGGCAGAUGCACUUCAUGCCAUUUUGAAGCAAAUACAGAAGGAGGAGUUUGGUGAGCUGUUUCGUGCUCUGGCUGGUGAUGAAGCGAAGCGGAACAGGUACAGUGGACUGGCCCCAUUCAUAGACACGGAUGGUUUUAUAAGAGUCGGAGGCCGGUUGAAGUAUUCAUCGAUUCCCUAUGAUGGAAGGCACCAGAUCCUGUUACCCGAGAAGCACCAUGUGACUGCCAUACUCAUCCAGCAACUACAUGAGGAUAACAAUAGAAAUGGCUAG